AUGGCUAUUUUUUUCAUAGCUUCUCAGUCUGGUACUCGACCAUCGUCCCGUCGCCUGGCUCAGGUGAGCAAGGUGGUUCAAAAUUUGCCAUCUGGCACGACUUCUAGCUCGCCUUCAUUCACCCAUCCGUUGUCAUUAAAUGCUCCGCCUCUUGGAGUAAGCCAAGACAGUCCAUCAUCUACUAACUGCACAGUGACAUCAACUUCUUUGAGCUUAGUUUCAGCUACAUGUACAGCCUGUCCUGUUGGCCAUGGACCGGGCUUAUUUAAAAAGCCAUUAACCUGGUCCAAAUACUCUGGCGGCCGAAUUCAGGCUCCCCGACAAUCCGGUUUAAGCAGUCAUCAUUUACAACACUUACAUCAUAACCAACCUCACCCUCCAGCCCAAGUCCAGCAGCAAUCUCCUCAGGCUCUUGAAUCGGGUAAAGCGGUGUCGAACUCCGACAGCGCAACACUUUUGGCUGGUUUCAAAACAUCCUCAACUUCUCCACUUUCUGUUACACUUAUAUCUGCUCCCUCUGGUAGUAGCCAAGAGGCUCCAUCCACUUGUUCUGGCCUGUCCAUACCUUCUUUCUCGAAUACCACUGAAGUUUCCCUUAAUUCCGUCUCCCGAUCUUCUUUCUAUUCAACUACAGCAGCCUCAUCUUCACUCUCGACCUCUCCCUCUUCUUCUCCAUCUUCUUGCAACUCCUCUCUCCAAUUACCCCGCAACUCAUCACAGACAAAUCCUAUAAACUACAUUAAUCACACAAACUUCGGCGCUCACCAACCAAGUCAUUACAUUCAAUACCAUUCAAGUCACACACAUUAUGGGUACACGAAUCCUCACACGCAUCAAUAUUCGCUUGGUCAAUACCCGCAUUCUAAUCAAUUCACAUCUCAGAAUGGAUCCCGCAACUAUCAGCACCAGUAUCCUCAUUCAAAUCCCCAUACUUAUCAUCAGCAGCACCAGUUUCAGUAUGGACAACCUCAUUUGAAUAGUCAUCCACAUUACCAUUCUCAUCAAAAUCAGCUCAAAUAUACCGCAUCACAUGACGGCUUUUCCCACUCUCUACUUCAUAAUGCACCACAUUCGUCUGCAUAUACACAAGGUCAGCAAUUACAUGGAUUGCAGCCAGCGCAGGAUUCGGUCCCAAAUCCCAUUUUGCCUCCUGCUGCAACAAUUACCUCCUCACAGGUCGUUCGACCUCUCCAACCGACGCAUCUUCGGCAUUCAGUUGGUCAACAGAGUCUUAUUCCUGGGUCUCCUUCGGUAUCCAGCCAAUUUUCUCAAUCAUCUACCUUUGGAUCUGCACACUUGCCACCACCUGGAACUGAAACGCACGGACAGAUCUUUUAUUAUUCUGAGGCAGGACUUACUCUUCCUCGUGCUUAUUGCACACCUACAAAUGAGGCUACAAUCAACACUACUCUCGAUUCUGCCAAUUUAGCCUCCACGACCUCUGCCACGUCAGGCGAUGUUACUUUGCUCUUUUCUACAGCUGACAGAGUUGCCAUUCAAAAAAUACUCUCGGCAAUGCCCUUACCUCAGAUAUCCGAUGUAGACGCACACAGUGCCUUCAUUCGACUUUCCCCACCGGUCAAUUUGAUUCUUAUCUUACCUGCCAACGACUUAAGUGAUUUGGCUGCUACCACUUCUGACAGUUUCACAAAUAGACAGACUAUCGAUCCUCGCUUGGACAUGCAUCACUUGUACGUAGAUCAUUCUGCUCUCCUCAAGCAGUCUCCUGUUAUUAGCGAAGUUACAAAAAACGAUUCUCCGGGGACCAGUGAAUUUUUACAGGAAGAUAUUAAGGAGAACGAGGCAAGAGAUAAGAAAAAGUCUAAAAGAGAAAGGAAGGAUAAGCAAAGGACUAAAAAGGAGAUGGAAAACUCAAUGAGGGCUGCUGAAGAGGGCAAGAAUAGUAAAAUAGUUUCUGCUUCUUCAUUAGUUGAUACAAGCGAAGCUUCAGCCAACCUUCAGAAAAAAAAGUGGAAGAGGAGACCGGCACUAAACAGAAGUGAGACAGAUGAAGAAAAUAGUGAAGAGAAUGGGCAAUUUUCUAGCAAGGGUCGGGCAUGCAACGUUGUUGAACCUCAUGUGUCUGAUGUCAUGUCAAACAACUCAUUGACUCCGGGAUCCACACCAACUCACUGGAGUACUAAUACACCGCCGGUUAGUGGAAUUUGCGAUUUUCAUGAGCCAGUUAUUUCAAUGAGGCCAGAAAAAAUCACAAAGAAGAAAGAACAAGAUCUUAGGGAGGAACAAGAGGAGGGAGUGCCGUUAGAAAAUGAGGGGAAAGAUUUGAGUGUAACGUUUGGUUCCGAAGGUGACAUGGAUAUUUCGUCUUGUUACAAGCCUGAUAAGAUUAACGUUAGUGGCAGCCCAGCUUCAGGAUCAAGGUCAAAGCGAGACGUUCUUGGCACAGGAUGGCGUAGUGAUAGCAGCAAUCCAACUCGACGCCGUUUGUGGCAAACGCAACCUGCUAUCCAAACAGAAAACCAAUUUACAAAGAAGCUCAAUGACUCUACCACCCAAGAGGUGCAGCAAAGAGCUCUGGACCCGGACGACAUUCGUUUUGAGUUAUAUUUAGCCGAGAGAGACAAAGAAGCCAGAUUUACUCGUGUCUUUGAGUAA